UUGAAGGGGCUGGGCCCACAGCAGAGAAAUGGCGAGAAUGGUUAACGAGAACCGGUGUGGAGUGGAAACACCGAGCACAGAGACGGAGGGACCGGCCCGGGCUUCGGCCAGAUGGGGUCCACAACACGCCGGGGCCCAAGAACUGGCUAAUUUGUACUCACCAGGCAAAAGAUUUCAAGAGUGGUUAUGUGUUGUCAUCUGCUUCUCACUUAUGGCCUUCAAUUUCAUUCACCUUCUUGCCAAUUUCCACCUGGGACAUCUGUGCUACAUUCUGUUGAGCAUUGUGGCGGGAAUACUCACGGCAGACUUUGCAUCAGGAUUUGUUCAUUGGGGAGCUGAUUCAUGGGGAUCAGUGGAUUUACCCAUUUUUGGAAAGGCCUUUAUACGGCCAUUUCGAGAGCACCACAUCGACCCCACAGCCAUUACCCGUCACGACUUCAUUGAGACCAAUGGGGACAACUGCAUGCUGACCAUAUUCCCCCUCGCAAACAUGGCCUACAGCUUCCUCACCCUCUCCCCUGCGGAGAUUCACCGUUACUACCCCUGGUACUGCUACUUGUUCGCAUUAGCCAUCUUUGUGACCCUAACCAACCAGAUUCACAAGUGGUCGCACACAUACGUUGGCCUGCCUCGUUGGGUUGUGUUCCUCCAGGACUGCCAAGUCAUCCUCCCCCGCAAGCACCACCGCGUCCACCACGUCUCGCCUCAUGAGACGUACUUCUGCAUCACUACGGGUUGGCUGAACUACCCUCUGGAGAGGCUGGGUUUCUGGAGGAACCUGGAGGAUCUCAUCCAGGGUGUAACCGGAGAGAAGCCCAGGGCGGACGACCUGAACUGGGCUCAAAAAGCCAAUUAGCGCCGCAGGCUGACUGCACCCUACCUCAGAAGACCCUGGCUCCGUCCAGGCUUCUCACCCCCCCCCCAUCCCCCCUUUGCCUCACAAAAACUGUAAUCCAUAGAAAGAAAAAAACUAACAAACACUUUCUGAUGCUAUAGCUUUAAGUCUUGCACAUUUAUGUCUGCUUUUCAAGAGGAGGGCUCUGUCGAUGGAUCUCUGCCAUUACUCACUUGUGGAGAUCCUCAUUUCAAAACGCAAUAUAUCCUCAACUCUUUGUGUGUCUAAAACAACUCAUCACUUUUUUGAGGUGACUUGCAAAUACAUGUGCUCAGAAGGUAUAUAGAGAUACUUUAUCGUCGGAUACAGUUGAUUCGAAAUAAAUUCCAAGGAGAUAAAUAUUUCCCUCUCUCCAACAAUCCCCAAAAAAGAAUACUUGAAAGAGUGGAUGCUUACUUUUUUUCUCCUUCAGAGACCAAACUGUUCAUAUGUUUGGUUAUGUUUAGCUCUGCUUUUUAUGAUCUCUGGAUAAGUCUUUGCAUGUCCACCUCAUCAAGGGUCUACUUGUUGUGCAAGUAACACCAUUGGAUUUUGGCCAUGGCAAGUAGUCAGGCUUGGGUGAUAUUGGAUUUUUUGAUGCUUCCCCAAUGUUGUUGGCUAAAGAACAAAAUGGUUAAUUACUUUUGUUGAUUUCUUGCACGUUUGGAUUCAGCUGCACGCUUUUGGGACUGUUUUGUUAGAGAGGGGUGAUGACAAUAUUUGAUUGAUUAGUCAUGGAUUGGUCACUUUAAGUUGCAAAGGAAGAGUCGAUGCUACUCCUGAAGCCAACAUCAUCCCUCCAGGAUCACAACCAUAUGACAGAUCUGACGGCUCAUAAAACGGGUUUUAAUUUACACAAAACCAAAAACAAACAACCAAAUUGCUCCUAUUGCUGUCAGAUUGGCAUUUUGGUUUAAAUAUGUUCAUCUGGCAAUUGGAACAGUUUGCAUUUCUGUCUUUUAUGAUGGAGGAUGAGUAAUUUGAUCUGAAAAAGUGUCUUUGAAAUAUAUGUACCGAUAACCGUCGUCCACAUUGAUGCUAGGCCAUUAGAAAUGUGGUUAAAUUACGCAUGUAUCAUGCUGCUGUUUGUAUCUGACUCCUGAUAAACAAACAGGUUUGCAGGAAAGAGGCAGACACAGUUUUGUCCCGCUGCCUUACGCACCACGGAUGCAGUACUUGUGUCUUUUUUUUCUCUCUUCAUUUACUGUACUUUCAUGUUGUUGCAACCGUAUAUCUGUCUUUUUGGGGUUUGUGUCUGACUUAGUCAGACACCGAUGCUCCAAAGUUAUGUGCCAACAGUGUAACAUUGUUUUCGCGCCUCACGUCUUGCUAUUGCUUUGUAAUUUGGGAAGGAGCUGUCAUUUUCUGAAGGCAACAUUCCCUGUGAGUAAUGCUGCCACCGUGCACCGUCUUGGUAACUGUGCCCAGCAGAUUUGGGGAUGUUACAAGGGCUUCGGUGACCGUGCACGAUCCAGGAAUUUCUUCUUCACGCCUCGAGAUUAUGUUGAAGAUUGUUUUGAAUGCUUCAGUCAGUCAUUUGUAAAUGUUUUGUGCAGUGAAUAACGAUGCAGUGUAUUACAAGGCCCUCAACCAUAUGUCUUAACUCAUCUGAUUCGGUUAAAAUGCCUUUCUUUUCCUAGUUAACACAUAUUUGCUUUUUCAUAUGGAAAACGGAAACUUAAACAAUUUGCUACUUAACCGGCAUGACGCAAUUACAUGUACAAUAAGCAACACAGAUGUAAUGAGCGUGCAUGCGUAGAACAUGUAAUAUACUGGGGCACCAGCUUCCCUUUGAGUUUGUGCACAGCACACGGCGUCUGUAGCUUAGUGCUCGUUCCAUAUGAAGUAAAUUGUGCUGCUUUUAAAAGAUGACUCCAAAUUUUGACCAAAUGGUCCCAGGUUUUAAUUAUUAUAAUGUUAUGUAAUAAAUUCUUUUUAGAUUUAAAUUAAAGGAGCUAACCUCUCUGUUAUUUGGGUUGAACAGGUGAAAAGAAUCCUGAAUUAGUGAACUUGAUAUUGUACUUAUAGUAGAUAGUUAGAAUACAUUUUUAAGCCAAAAUGAUAUUUUAUAUAAUGUAAUAGUCCAGUUUUUGAAUCCCCCAUACUUGAUUAUAUACAAUUACUCACUAUAGAUAAAAUGCAGACAUCCACUGCAGAUUGCCUAGUGCUUGUGUUGUGAGAAGCAGUUUUGUGUGUGCUAGGCACUAUUGGCUGGUAAAGGGAUGCCAUUACUCGUCACUGCAUCAAUGGUUAAGGCCUGCAUAGAAGUUCUACUUUUGUAGCUUUAAAAAAACAAAUCAGUAUUAGGCAAAAUAUAGUUUUGGAAACUAGACUCAUUCGCAUGAAGGUUGAUAGAGAACUUGUUUUAUGAAUAGGAGUUUUGCCAUCGGCUCUACUGGAUGUCCUGAAACGUCAGCAAGUUGCUUUUUGUGAUAAAAGUAAUAACAUUUUUGACGUCAUGUCGUGUUUUUGAAAAUACAAUAUUAAAGGAUAAUUGUUCUAAAUACUAGACAUGCAAUAAUAAGUUUGGAGAUUGAUAAAACUGACAACAAUACAUAUGUAUGGUGAGUUCAGAAGGCGCCACAACAAUCCUAAACUUGGAUACAGUCAUUGUUGUUAUGUUCAACAUGCUGUGUUUUAAAUCACUUUUGUAAUGAUCCCAUGGCUUCUUAUUGAAUUGCCCUAUUCUCACCCUGAUUGAUUCGGUAGCUCGUGCCAGCGAAAUAGGAAAACAAUUGGCUGACUUAAAUUUGAUAUUCUCUGGCCUCUCACCUCUUCUGAGGUAAGACCCAUGGAUGUUGUAGUUGGUUAUGUAUGCUGGUAGAUAGAGUUUUCGAUAUCAGAAUAAUGCCUCGAUGCCUGUUGGUUGUCCUCCAUUCGGGAGACUUGCAGUGUACAUAUUAAACUGUAUAUAUAAAUAAACUAAAUCAAAUACUGCUA